AGAGAGAGAGAGAGAGAGAGAGAGAGUCCUUUGGGAAGAGUCACUGCGCGUUUCCCUCAGAGAGCGCGUGGAAGGAGCUCCGCAAUCAUCCGCAGGAAGCAGCGCGGCUCUGGACCUCAACAAACGUCCCGGACUACUUGAGUGAGGAAAAGAGAAAGCAAAACAGCGAAAACAGGAAGAAAGAAGUGUCAGACAAUGAUGACAUCUGAUCUGGGCGCGAGCUGAUCCCCGUUCUGUCCGUCAGCAUCAGCUGUGGAGCUCCGAGCGCACCGGGAGUGACUUUUAGCCCCUUUUCGCGCUGGUCGGACCUCGUCCCGUCGCAGUUCUGGUGAUUAACGUUUUUGCUUCAGGCCGUUUGACAUUUUGGAUUCUAUCACCGCGUCCGGUCCCGCCUCGGUUUCAGCGCAGGACCGGACUCAGAGAAACAAGGAGUCGCUUCACUUGUUUUGUUGCGAAGCGCACGCGGCGGCGAAGUGAGGGAUCCGCGGGGGAGCAAGUGCACAGCGAAGCGGGGAGACGCCGAGAAGCGGAGGCUCGUUCAUGUUUGGGAUCCAGGAGAGCAUCCAGAGAAGCGGCAGCAGCCUGAAGGAGGAGCCGCUGGGAGGCAUGAACGCUGUCCGGAGCUGGAUGCAGGGGGGCGGCGUGCUGGACGCCAACACGGCCGCCCAAAGUGGAGUGGGACUGGCGCGGGCUCACUUUGAGAAACAGCCGCCCUCCAACCUGCGGAAGUCCAACUUCUUCCACUUCGUCCUGGCUCUGUACGACCGUCAGGGUCAGCCGGUGGAGAUCGAGAGAACCAACUUCGUGGACUUCAUCGAGAAAGAGAAGGAAACGAGCGGAGAGAAGACCAAUAACGGGAUUCAUUACCGGCUGCAGCUCCUUUACAGUAACGGCAUCCGGACCGAGCAGGACUUUUAUGUUCGUCUCAUAGACUCCAUGACGAAACAGCCAAUUGUUUAUGAAGGCCAAGACAAGAACCCAGAGAUGUGUCGAGUGCUGCUGACACACGAGAUCAUGUGCAGUCGCUGCUGUGACAAGAAGAGCUGCGGAAACCGUAAUGAGACACCCUCAGACCCUGUUAUCAUCGACAGAUUCUUCCUCAAGUUUUUCCUCAAGUGUAACCAGAACUGUCUGAAAAACGCCGGGAACCCGCGGGACAUGAGGAGAUUCCAGGUGGUGGUAUCGACUACAGUGAGCGUGGAGGGACACGUCCUGUCCGUCUCCGACAACAUGUUCGUCCACAAUAACUCCAAACAUGGCCGCCGGGCCCGCAGGCUGGACCCAGUGGAGGGAACACCGUCUUACCUAGAACACGGUGCGGCCCCUUGCAUUAAGGCCAUCAGCCCCAGCGAGGGCUGGACUACAGGGGGUGCUACAGUGAUCAUCAUAGGCGACAACUUCUUCGACGGCCUCCAGGUCAUCUUCGGUACCAUGCUGGUUUGGAGCGAGCUGAUCACACCACACGCCAUCCGAGUGCAGACGCCUCCCAGGCACAUCCCAGGGGUCGUUGAGGUCACUCUGUCCUACAAGUCAAAGCAGUUCUGCAAAGGCACGCCAGGACGCUUCAUCUACACAGCGCUGAAUGAACCCACCAUCGACUACGGCUUCCAGAGGCUUCAGAAGGUCAUCCCUCGGCAUCCUGGGGACCCAGAGCGGCUGCCGAAGGAGGUGAUCCUGAAGCGAGCGGCCGACCUGGUUGAAGCGCUCUACGGUUUACCCCACAACAACCAGGAGAUCAUCCUGAAGCGCGCGGCCGACAUCGCGGAGGCCCUGUACAGCGUCCCGCGGGGCCACGGCCAGCUGUCCGGCUCCGGCCACGGCGGCAUGAUGGGCGUCAACUCCUUCACCGGCCAGCUGUCCGUCAACGUGUCGGAACCGGCGCAGGCCAAUCAGGGUGCGUCACAGGCCAAAGCGGAGCGCGCCGGGUCGCGUCGCUCACCCGCUCACCGCCGUGCGGCCUCUCGCCCCGCAGGUUUCGUGCGCAGCAGCAGCAGCGUGUCCCCUCACGGCUACGUCCCCAGCUCCACGCCUCAGCAGACCAGCUACACCUCCGUCACCAGCACCAUGAACGGCUACGCCAACAACGCAGGCAUGACCAACCUGGGAGGCUCGCCCACCUUCCUCAACGGCUCCGCGGCCAACUCGCCUUACGCCAUCGUCCCCUCCAGCCCCACCAUGGCCUCCUCCACCUCCCUCCCGUCCAACUGCUCCUCCUCCUCUGGCGUCUUCUCCUUCUCUCCGGCCAACAUGGUGUCGGCGGCCGUCAAGCAGAAGUCGGCCUUCGCUCCGGUGGUCAGGCCCUCCUCCUCCCCGCCGCCGUCCUGCACCAGCGCCAAUGGCAACGGGCUCCAAGAUCAAACAUUUGUGGACUCUAGCAAGUACUCAACAGCCAGCUCUCUACAAGGCCUGGCCUUCACCUGAACGAUCCCUGGAAUGAUUGUCCCGCCCAUGUAAAGGUGUGGGUGCACGGCUGCGUGCGUGCGUGUGUGCGUGUGCUGUGUGUGUGCGACUGCGUGCGAGGGGGAGCGAGCGCCGGCGCCGGUCCUGGCGGAGGACCUCGGCGGCGGGUCAAACGCCGGUCAGGGAUGGAGGCUGCUGUCCCCGUUUGAAGGAACAAACCCAACUCAGGCCCUUUCUAACAAAAACAACUGAGAACAACAAAAAAGACUGUUUGCAAUUAAACCAACAAGUUGUUGAGACUCUGUACACCUUGAUGCUUUUAUAGGAGAACGGCCACACCUACAUUACAAAAUCUCCACGGACACAGGAGGUGUAUUUAUUUUUUUGGAGGUUUCACUUCCUCGAGUGACUGUUGAUUUGUUUUCACUUUUUGUGCAACAAUUAAUGUGUGAUAAUCAUCUACUAAGUGUAUCCUGCACACAGGAUGGUGUGUUUAUGUCACUAAUGAAGGAAUAUAUCGCAAUGUGAAGAAUACCUGGAGGUGAUGAUGAUGAUGGUGAGGAUGAUGAUGAGGCGUCAGGAUUCCAAUGCAGCCGACACACACGGACGCACUCUUUCACUUCUUAUUGCCAACACACACGCGCACACACAGACGCAGCACCAAGUUUGAUACUGUGUUUUAUCCUUUCGGGGCAUCGCCGUGUUUACUUUGAGCUGGUUUUAUGUACAUUUACUCUGCUGCUUUCAUGCGCUACCGUUUCCCUCAGCCAUCAGAACGUAGAGGAGCCACUUAAUCAAACCAUGAAACCAUGAAGCCGUUCAUUCCCAAAAGUUAGACUUGUUGCAGCAUUGAUUUAGGUUUGAGGCAGAUUGUACGAUACAUUAUUGUAAAAAGGCCAUAGCUGAAUGAAGAUUGUAAUUAUUGGACGCCAACAGCAGCUUCACAGCUGAGUCCAGUCCUCAGCACUCAACAACCUGAGCUGUUUUAAAGCCUCUUUAAGAGGAAGAUCAUGUCUUAAAGACCAUGAAGCCAUUUCCCUUUGAUUUAUUUGGGUGGGAUUUGUCUGGUUUGCUGUGAUUUGUUUUUAUCUUUACAGUCAGUCUUGGUUUUGAUUUUGUUUAAUGCAAGAUGACUUGUUUUGGCCAAAAAACAGCCGACGAUGUGUUUUAAACAAAGUCAUUAAAUCUGAGUCUUAAAAUCUUAUCUAUGAACAAAAAUUGUGCAAAUGUGUCACUGAGCUUCACUUUUUUUUAAAUGUUACACAUGGAUUGAUUUUUAAAAAUUUUAUUCCAAUGUUGCACUUGUUCUCAUAAUUUCAUAGCAGAAGUGACUUUCAUUUGCAGUGCAGGAUGAGGAGCCAGCUAAAUGUCUUAAAUGUAAAAAAUGUUGGUUUGAAAGUCUUAAUUUUGGAUUGAAUUUCUUUGCCAAAACCCUUGUUUGAGACAUGAAUGCAUCAGAAACAGAAAUGCUGUAUCUUUCAUUGUCAGACACUGUUACAGCAUUUGCCACAAAGAGAAACUGUCCACAUCGCUAUCAUAUGCAGUAAAUGCUUCCUGUUUUCUAAACAGGAAUAUUUCUAUUGUAUUGUCCACUUGUUCUGACUUCCUGGAUGUUUGAUUGUUAACACAAGCCAAACCGAGUAUCAGUCAGUGAAGCAAUUGGCAUAAAACAUAAUAACAGUACAAACUAAGACAGAGAUUGUAUAUUCCCAUGUUUUCAUUUGCUUUGUCUCCUGUGUCUAGGAAUUUGAAUGUUACCUGACUUUCUGUUAAUUAAAGCCAUACGUCCACUGCUUAAUUCAAUCAGUCUGAGAAAAAGCCAUGGUGUCAUUUUUGUCACAGGUCAACGAAGGCCGAGGUUGUCUCUCAUUUUGCCAUGUUGUUUGUAUCACUAUUGUUGAAGCUAGCAUAAUAUGUUGCAUUAUUUAGGCGUAGCGGUUAUUAACGUGUCUGUGUGAUUAUCUGUGCGUCUUCCAUGCGGUGGAUUAUGGAUUAACGGCGGCUGAAUGAAACAGAAUGCUUUCUCCUGCUUCCGUCAGGUUCUCUGUCCUCGCUCUCCCUCCACUUUGUCCUUAUUGUACUAUUAAUACUCUCCAUGGCUGCCCUCGAUUGCUCUCACCGAAUCGAGCCACCUAUUUAUUUGGUUUCAAACCUGGGUCUGGAGUCCACAUUCUGUUCUCCUCUACAGGUUGGUGCCUGAACGUGUGCGUGUGUCUGAGUGUCGGCCUCAUCCUUUAUCCCACGAUAUGAAAAUGUGAUGCUUCGAAGCCGACGGAUGUUUUUAUAGUUCAUAUAUAAAUACCUGUACAGGAAGGAGUAAACGGAGGGUUUGGUUUUAGCACUUGUCCAACAAACGUUUCUCACGGCUCGUCUGCAUCAUUCACACAUUAGCAGCGGUGUCAGUGUGGAGGGAAGAGUACAGAAACUACUGUAAAGAUGAUAAUGUGGAUGUUUUUUUAUUAUUUUGAACUUUGAAGUGUAAAAAAAACUUUUUGACUCUCACUAUAUUUAAUUAAAGUUCUUUCUUCCCUGUGGAAA